AUGGCGCACCGAAUCAUCACGCAGGUUGUCCUGACCGGCACCCGAGUAGUCGGCCGUGCCUUCGCCGAAGCCUAUCGACAAGCCUCCGCCUCCCAAAAAUACGCCGCCGCCGGCGGUAAGAACUCCAGCUCCGGGGGCACCUUCGCAUCCUCCGGCCUCACCCUCGACGAAGCAUGCAAGAUUCUCGACGUGGCCCCUCCGAAGGGCGGUGCCAUGAACGCCGAGCAAGUCAUGGAACGAUUCAAGCGACUAUUCGACCAGAACGACCCGAAGAAGGGGGGGAGCUUUUAUCUGCAGAGCAAGAUUUUAAGGGCGCGGGAGCGGAUAGAGAUGGAGGUGCGGACGAAGGCAGAGGCGGCGGAGACGGCGGAGGAGGCGAAGGAGGGGUGGAAGCCGAAGGUGUAUAAGGACAGAUAG